AUGGCGAAGAACAUGUCAGGCAUUUUGAGGAAAGCCUGUUCGAACGGGAAAGCGGCGAAGGGAAUAGAAGAACCGAGUGCAGUGAAAUUACUCUCUGGUCGGGAGGAAGAGGAUGUGGAGGGUGAGGAAGAGUCAACAGACACCGAUGAGGAAGGAACAGAUUCCGGCGACGAGAGCAAAAGCGGAGAGGAGGAAGGGGAAGACAAGGGAAGCGGAGAGGAGGAAGGGGAAGCCGACUCCCGUACAGCAGAGGGGCGCGACGUGGUGGCGAUGGCGCACACGGGGUCGGGCAAGACCCUCGCGUACCUGCUGCCGCUGCUGCACCGCGUGCUCGCCGACAAGGACUCCGCGCCCGCCGCCGCUGGCGCGGGGGGGACCUGUCCGCGCGCAGUGGUGCUGGUGCCCACGCGCGAGCUCUGCCAGCAGGUGGCGGAGGAGGUAGCAGCUAUGGGGCAGUACUGCGGGGGUGCACUAACCGUACAGCGCCUCACCACCGGCAUGAACAAUGCUGCCAUGCGAGCGGCCAUGGAGAGGCGGCCAGACGUGGUGGUGGCAACGCCAGCGCGCAUGGCGGCGUGUGUGGCGGAGGGUGUGCUGUCGCCCUCGGCGCUCAAGACACACCUCGCUGUCAUGGUGCUGGACGAGGCGGAUGUGCUUUUAUCGCACGGCUACUACAGUGAGGUGCAGGCCAUAGCGCGCCACGUGCCUGUCAGCUGUCAGUGCCUCCUCCUCACCGCCACCUUCAGUGACGACAUAGAGCGAUUACAGAAGUUAGUGCUGCACAAUCCAGUGGUCGUGCGACUAGGAGACAGCUCAGGUCUCCUUGAGGAUGCCCAGGGGGGUGCUGGGAGUGGUGGUGGUGUGGGUUUGGGAGUGGAAGGACAGGCAGUAGCAGAGGCAGCUGCUGCAGGAGAGGCAGCAGAAGCAGGUGCAGGAGGUCAGAGUAACCAGAACCAGUCUCUCCUGCCGCCCAAUAUCCGCCAGUUUGCCGUCCGCUGCGAGGAAAAGGACAAGCUACUCCACCUGCUCGCGCUGAUUCGCCUGCAGCUGCUGCAGAAAAAGGUUCUCAUUUUCACCUCCACUGUCAAAGCCGGAUUCCGGGUGAAACUUUUCCUCGAGCAGUUUGGCAUCCGGGCAGCCGUUCUAAAUUCCGAGCUGCCCGUCGCGUCGCGGCUGCACAUUCUGCACGAUUUCAACGCCGGAAAGUUUUUCUUCCUCAUUGCCACAGACGACGACAAUGGGGGGCUCUCAGCGAAAAACGGGGGGAAAGGGGGGAACAAUAAUGGAAGGGGUGAUUCUGGUCGAGACUCUAAGCGACGUAGAGUACGGAUAGCAGAGGGAGGGGAGGGAGGGCGGGAAGAGGGAGAAGAGGAGGUGGAGAGGGAUACGGGGGAGUAUGGAGUGGUGCGGGGGAUAGACUUCAAGAACGUGAGGACAGUGAUCAACUACAGUGUGCCGAACCAGCUUGCGCCGUACGUCCAUCGGGUGGGGAGGACCGGCCGAGCCAGCAGCGUUGGCAUGGCAAUAACCCUGGUGUCCCCUAAAGAGGCGCCGCUAUUGGAGGCUCUUGACAGGAAGAUUGCCCAGUCCAUGGCACGUGCGGGCGGCGAGAAGGGCGGCGAGGAUGGCAAGAAGGGCGGCACGCAUGGCGGCGUGGAGCAUGGGGUUAAAGGGGAGAGUGGGAGUGGUAGCAGUAGGAAGCGAGCAAGGGAAGCAGAGGAUGAGGAGGGGGAGGAGAGUGAAGAGGAGGGAGAAGUGGAGGAUGACGAGGAAGAGGGUGAGGAGGAAGGAACAGAUGAGGAAGAGGAGGACGGCGAGGAGGAACAGGAGGAGUCAGAAGAAGAAGAGGAGUCAGACGAUUCAGAGAAAGAGGAAGACGAAGACGAAGAGGAGCCAGCAAAGCCGAAGCCAUACGAGUGCAGGGCGAUCGUGCCGUACCCGUACCUGCCCAAGGAGGGCGUUGAGGCACUGCGGUACCGCGGGGAGGACGUGGCAGGGAAGAUCACCCGCGUGGCCAUCCGCGAGGCGAGAGCCAAGGAGCUGCGGUGGGAGAUUCUCAACUCGGAGAAGCUCAAAGACCACUUUGAUCUCAACCCCAAGGACAGAGACCUCCUGAAGCACGACAAGGUGUUGGCCAAGGUCGCCCGUCAUUUCACUCUCACAUACCCGCACACCCUCACACAUUCUUUCACCCCGUUGCUUCUCCAUUACCCCCCGCCAGACCUCCUGAAGCACGACAAGGUGCUGGCCAAGGUGGCCCCCUCCCCGCAUCUCAAGAGCAAGACAGUCGGGAUGGGGGGAAAGGAGGGAGAGGAGGGAGAAGGGGAGGGGGGGUCAACAGAGGCCACAGGGGGAGGGGUGGGGGACGGGGACGGGAAGGAGGAGGGAGAGGAAGAGGGGGGCGAGGAGGCAGGGGCAGGUCAAACGAUCCGUUGA